CGCAUCAACGACCUUCUACAAAGGGUUGUAGCAACCAUGUCCGAAUCAGCAGCCAUGUGUGAGUCAGCAACUAGCACCUCAGACCUUCUGCCUACCAACUUCGUCGGGACCGCCAUGGCCGCCGUGCAAAAUGAGGACGGAAAAUUCCGCAUCUACUUCCAGAACAAAGACUACCAGAUCUUCGAAAUGUCGUUGAAUGACCCAAAGAGCACGGUACACACCCUCCUCAAACUCACCACUAGUGGCAUGCCCGCUGCUCGUAUCAACACACCCAUCGCAGCGGUGGCGUGCAAGGACUUGCGAGAGAUUCGCGUGUAUUACAUCACUGUGACUAGUAGGGUGCAGGAAAUUUGCCACACCCAGGGCAAAGGUUGGGUCAAAGGUGCGACCUUGGGCACCGCAGCCGAGAACAGCUCCUGCUUGUAUGCGCAACAGCGAAACGCCCAUGAUCUCUCGAUCAGGGUCGGGUUUCAGUGCUCCACUGCUCCUCAGACUAUCACAGAAGCUUGUUACAAUGAGCACCAGGGGUGGAAGAAUCGUGUCUUGUAAACUGGGAGAGAAUAUUAGCGUACGUCACCUCGUAUGCCAAGGAAACAAGUGUAUUUGAGAUUACGUGCAGAAUUGUAUGUUGUGCGUUGUAUG